CUAAAGCCACAGACGAAACAAAAAGAAAAAAGAGAGAAAGCCUACAAAAUGGAUAGUCUAUCAGAAUCCAUGAAUUAUAAAGAUACUUCUGCGGAAAACCCAAGUUCAGAUAUUAAUGAAAAUGAAGAUGACUAUACAUCAGAAUUAGAUUCAGAAGAAAAAAUGGUGCCUACUAGCUCCAAUUACUCAGAAUUAUCAAUUAAUAAAAUUUCACGUUCUCAGUUAGAAAGGCAACCUCCUGAUCCUUUUUGUAACUAUGAGCUAAAAACAGUAUCAGGAACAAAAAAUAUAUUUGAUCUAAUUGUAUUUGUUGGACCAAGUAAUGCUAAGAAAAUAGCUAAGGCUAGUGAAUUCUUAAUUCACAGUUCUGCUUGGAAAUGGUUUGAAGAAGUAUAUAUUGAUAAUAUUCAACAUGGUGUGUGUAAUGUUGAAAUGAUAGAUGGAAAAUGCUGUAGUACAAAAGUAAAGACUAGUGAUUCAAUGACAGUGCUAUGA